UAUCAGCCUUUUAUAAUAUAGACGGUGGCGUCGCUAGCAACUCUCUACACGGUCUUGAUUUUAAUUUCCUAUAGUUAUUAGCUCACUCGUCUUUCACCACUAGUCAUGGACAAAACCAAAAUCGUCAGUGAUAGUCUCAGCUAUGACGACAAUGAAAUCCUCGGCAAAGGGACGGCCGGUUUCGUCUUUCGCGGCUCUUUUGGCCAGGACAAGAAUCCCGUCGCUGUCAAACGCGUCCAGUUGGCCAGCCUGCGAAAAGAUGAAGAUUUCCAGAAGAGAGAAGAAGACGCUUUGGCCAGUCUAGACCAUCCCAAUGUCGUCAAACUCUUUCACGCCGAAGAUGACUUAACUUUCAGGUAUUAUGUUUUGGAACUGUGUGCUGCAUCCCUGGACCAGUGCUUCUUGCCGGACAGAGACCUCAGGAAAUACAAGGGGGCUCUACCUUCUGACCAGGAAGUCCUUUUACAAAUGGCCAAAGGUCUGCAGUACAUUCACUCGAUGAACCUGGUCCAUCGAGACAUCAAACCGGAGAACAUGAUGAUCUCCAUCACUCAGCCUGUGCACAUCAAAUUGGCCGACUUUGGUCUGUGCAAACCUGUGAAUCAAAGAGGAACCUUCUCGAUCAGUGGGAUCAAAGGCACCCAAUAUUGGAUGGCGCCAGAAAUUCUGGCAUUGGAGGAUCAACCUUAUAGUAAAAACGAUGUUGAGGGAGCCAACAAAGGUCGAGGUACAAUGCGGAGCGACAUAUUCGCUUUGGGCUUGGUCUUUUUCACCUUUUUGACCAACGGAUUGCACCUUUUCGGCUCCAAGAAUUUAAUCAUUUCAAAUGUGAUGCGCGGCAAACCCAACCCGGCCAAUCAGAGCAGACUCGACCAGAAUCAUUUCGCCCGAGAAAUUAUCUCCAACAUGACGAAAUCGAAGCCAGAGGACAGGAUUCCUUUAACUGAAGUUGUCAACAUGUUACGACCUCAAGUUCAUCAAAGUUCUCCGGCAUUUCGUAUUGAAGAUUCUGAAUCACUUUAACUUGAUGAUGCUAAGUGAAAUAAUGUCCAUGUCAUGUGCCAUUCAGAAUAAAAACCGUAGAGUAGCCAUACGAAGAUCAAAGUUACCGAAUGAACAAAAACGACAGCACAUCCCACACGCGCCCAAAUUCAAUUUUUAAUCGUGUCAAUUUCAAUGAUAUGAUGCAUGGUAGUUUACAUCUGAUUACAAAAUUCCAAUUCGUC